AUGAUGUUGAGACGUCAGGAUAAUCGAGUUAACAGUAUCAUCUUCACCCGGAAGCUGGUCAUUUUUGUAUUUGUUGUUUUGUCCGCUCCUGCCGUCUACCUAAUCAUCGGUAACGACUUGGUUAUUAUCAAAAUGUCGCAAUUACCUAUUAAUGUUUUGGUUCAGGAUCAUCAAAUCAGUAUCAGUACUUGGAUUACACUUCUUCUGCGUGAGUCUUCCGAUAACUUUAUCAGCGAUCUACCUCGCAGUAAUGUCAGGAACGAAACUACAGUUAUCUCGGAUAGUCCUGCAGAUGGAACAUCUUUUGAAGCUGAAUCAUCAUGGGAUACCUCUUUUACGCACCUAAUGAGCAGUCCGGAAAAUGGUUUCUCGAUUACCGGCAAUGAUGUUCUUGUUUUUGUCCACAUCCAGAAGACCGCUGGUACGUCCUUUGAGAAGUUCCUCGUCCGGCAUCUUAAAACAGAGCACCCAUGCCAGUGUAUCAAAGGCAAGAAGAGAUGUACAUGCAGCCGACCGGAUAGACCAGAUGAGUUCGACGUAAGAGGACGAUCGAGCUUACAUUGUAUCGUUGUAGCUGUCCCCAUAGGCUCAAAACCCCUAACCUUUCUGUGGUACAGGUAUGGCUGUUCUCUCGGUACUCAACCGGUUGGCUGUGCGGGUGCUAAAAGAGUGCGAAGGUACUUUUAUACCACCUUUCUCCGAGAACCUGUUGCUCGUUUCAUUUCUGAAUAUCGUCAUGUAAAUCGCGGCGCAACUUGGAUCGCUUCAAGACAUAUAUGCAAUGGUCGGGCCCCCACGUCUGAUGAGUUACCAUUAUGUUUUGAUCCACAUCUUGGCUGGGAUGAUGUUAGUUUGGACGAAUUUUUGCACUGCCCCUUCAAUCUGGCAUUCAAUAGGUAAGC